AUGAGAUCGCUCGCUGUGGCGGUACUGGCCGUAGCUGCCACGUGUUACGCGGCCCGACUGGACAACACUUACCUUCCACCCGGUAAUGCGGGUAGCGCAGGCGGCGCCGGAUUGAUCCAAGCUCCGAAUCGAGGAGCCGGAGGUCCUGGCGGACCCGGAGGACCCGGUAGACCGGGUGGACCAGGCGGUCCUGGCAGUUACGGUGGCGGCGGUGGCUUCGGAGGAGGCGGCGGUGGUCCCGGAGGUGGCGGAUUCGGUGGCGGCGGUGGAUUCGGAGGCGGCGGCGGUGCAUACGGCGGACCUACUGGUGGCGGCGGCGGCGGCGGCGGAGGUGGACCAAGGGGAGGACCAGGUGGCGGCGGCCAAGAGAUUCCCAUCAUCGCGUACAACAAUGAUAACGGCGGGGAUGGCAACUACCAAUUCAGCUACGAAACAGGAAACGGUAUCACUGCGCAGGAAACGGGCCAUCAGCAAGGUAACGGGGAAGCGGUGAGCGGAUCGUAUUCGUACACAGGACCCGACGGUGUGCAGUACAGCGUUUCCUACACCGCGGACGAGGAAGGCUUCCAUCCCCAGGGCGCGCAUCUCCCGACACCACCACCGAUCCCACCUGAGAUACAACGAGGUGUCGAGUUAGCGCUCGCCGCCGAGGCCAGAGGCGAGAAUCAAGAUACAUCAGGGGGUGGCGGUGGUGGUGGUAACGGAGGCGGCAGAGGCGGAUACUCCCCAGGGGGUGGUUACGGUGUCGGCGGCGGCGGUGGCGGCGGCAGUGGCGGCGGCGGCGGAGGCGGUGGAGGCCGAGGAGGAGGCGGUGGCAGCGGCGGUGGCUCGUACCAAGGUCCAAAUUCAUACCAAACAAGCUCGGGCGGAUACCAUUAUUAG